GUACAUGAUUGAAUUUACAUUGGAAAGAAAACAAAACUGAGCCGACGUCCACUUAACCUGUAAAUCCCAAGGAAACCUCACGAGAUCCGACGGUCAGCAUUCAACUAAAAUAUCAUUAUUACUCUAAAUAAAUAUAGAAAAAUCACACUUGCUUAGUUGCUUUUUGCAUCGAGAAUUACGGAAAAUUGGAGAAGCUGAAGAUGAAGCUGGGCAAAAGAUUUGAAGGGAAAGUCGCGAUCGUUACGGCUUCGACUCAGGGCAUCGGCUUCAGCAUCGCUGAGCGGCUCGGUUUGGAAGGUGCCUCUGUUGUUAUCUCCUCUCGAAGGCAGAAAAAUGUAGAUGAAGCUGUAGAAAAACUCAAAGCUAAAGGAAUUGAAGUGUUUGGAGUUGUUUGCCACGUGUCAAAUGCUCAACAGAGGAAGAAUCUCAUUGACAAGACUGUGCAGAAUUAUGGAAGGAUAGAUGUGGUUGUUUCAAAUGCCGCUGCCAAUCCAUCUGUUGACAACAUAUUGGAAACCAAAGAAUCUGUUCUUGAUAAGCUCUGGGAAAUUAAUGUCAAAUCCGCCAUACUUGUUUUACAGGAUGCAGCUCCUCACAUGCAGAAGGGCUCUUCGGUUGUUUUAGUUUCCUCUAUUGCUGGCUAUCAGCCACCCACGACCAUGGCGAUGUAUGGUGUGACUAAGACAGCUCUCCUUGGUUUGACCAAGGCCCUUGCAGCUGAGAUGGCCCCAGAUACUCGCGUGAACUGUAUUGCUCCUGGUUUUGUACCAACACACUUUGCAGAUUUUAUCACAAGUAAUCCUACAGUUAGGAAGGCCAUUGAGGAAAAGACUUUGCUUAAUAGGCUUGGCACGACGGACGACAUGGCAGCUGCUAGUGCUUUCUUAGCAUCUGAUGAUGCUGCUUACAUUACCGGAGAAACUGUGGUGGUGGCUGGAGGAAUCCCAUCUCGACUCUAGCAUUUCUCAGCUAUUGGAAAUCAUUCAACAACAUUGCAGGACCUCCAAGCUUCCAAUGGUAAACAUCACCCAAAAUGGACAAUUCAUGCUGUAAAGUGAAAGAACUAGGUGAGUCCAACCUUGAUUAAAAUUGCAAGCAUAGUUGUGACGAGAAUUUCACAGUUCAUAUUUAUUUCACAUAAACUCUUGGCAACACUGGUAAUUUUAACUUUACAUGCUAGAAUUGAAUGUAUCCAAAUAAAGUGGGCAUUUCUGAACCCUUCUGGGUAUCUCUGCAUUAUAAAGUUAAUUCAUAACACAGUAUCUUCUAGCGACUUUCAGAUU